AAAAGAUUUAAAGCUGUGUUAAGCUUUUUAAAUUGGAAGAAAACGUAAAUUUGAAGAAUUCCAUACUAUUGUUUGCAGCAAAGAUGUCGCUUUCAAGAAGUGUCAGGGUUUCUCUUCUUCCUUUCAUUGCCAAGUUUCCUUCUUUUCUUCCAAUGCACAAUUCCCUCUUUUGCUCUCACUUUCACUCUCAAACUUCCUUACACGACGAAGCCGUCUCACAAUUCAAUCGCUUGCUUCAUCAGCGUCAUGUUCCUUCCAUCUUCGAAUUUGGAAAGAUUUUGGGAUUUCUUGUGAGGUUGAAGCGGUACCCUACUGCUAUUUCUCUCAUUGAGCAAAUGGAGCUCAAGGGAAUUCACAAUGACCUUGCUAAUCUCAACCUUCUCAUCAAUUGUUUCUGUCACUUGGACAAAUUGGCUUUCGCUUUUUCUGUAUUUUCCAAGAUUCUCAAACGGGGUUAUCAUCCAGAUGUCAUAACCUUAAAUACCCUCAUGAGAGGUCUCUGUGACAAGGGUGAGGUCAAGGAAGCCCUCAACCUUCACGACAAAGUAAUAGCACUAGGAUUUCGGCUCGACCAACAAACUUAUGGAACUCUAAUCAAUGGAUUGACCAAAAUAGGAGAAACUGAAGCCGCGAUCGAAUUGCUCAGAACAAUUCCAAGUCGAUCAACGGUAAUGUACACCAUAGUUAUUGACUCCCUGUUAAAAGAGAAACGUCCACAAGAUGCUUAUGAUUUGUAUUGUGAGAUGGUUAUUAAGGAAAUUUCUCCUAAUGUUAUUACUUAUAGUACACUAAUUUAUGGCUUUUGCUUGGUGGGACAAGUAGAGAUAGCAUUUGGUUUCCUAAAUGAAAUGCUAUCAAAUAGCAUCCGCCCAAAUGUUUAUACCUAUAAUAUAAUGAUUGAUGCAUUAGGUAAGGAAAAAAAGCUAAGAGAAGCCAAGAAUGUGUUAGGUGUGAUGGUGAAAGCUUAUGUGAAACCUGAUGUUGUUAGCUUUAAUACUCUAAUGGAUGGGUAUAACGUAGUUAAUAAAGUGAAGAAUGCAAAACAAGUAUUCAGUGCAAUGACCCACAUGGGAGUGAGUCCUAAUGUUAGGACCUACAAUAUCAUGAUAAAUGGACUCAUAAGGAAUGAAAGGGUGGAUGAGGCCAUAAAUCUCUUUCAGGAAAUGCACAACACUAAUAUCAUUCCUGAUGGAGUGACUUACAGCAUUCUUAUUGAUGGUUUAUGAAUCUCUCAUGCUUGGGAUCUUUUUCAUGAGAUGCAUGAUAGAAAUCAACCAGCAAACAUAAUCACUUAUAGUUCCUUGAUUCAUGGUUUAUGUAAAAAUCAUCAUCUAGACAAGGCAAUUGAAUUAUCAAGGAAAAUGAGAGAAAAUGGAGUUCAACCCGACAUGUACACUGCAACAAUACUUAUUGAUGGCAUGUGUAGAGAGGGGAGACUUAAAACUGCACAAGAGAUUUUUCAAGAUCUAUUGAAUAAAGGUCACAGUCCUGACAUCCCUACUUAUAAUGUUAUGAUCAAUGGUCUUUGUAAGAAAGGUUUGCUUGAUGAGGCAUUGACCUUGUGGUUCAAAAUGGAAGACCGUGGUUGUUUAUCUAAUGUUAGAACUUUUGAAAUAAUCAUCUCUGCUCUCUUUAAGAAGGAUGAGACUGAAAAGGCAGAGAAAUUUUUGCACGAAAUGAUCUCUAGAGACUUGUUGAAAUGAUGAAAGGUAACACUAUAUUUGAAUAACAAGUUACAUUUAUGUGUUU